AUGUUCUACCUCUUGGCACAGAGCUCCAAUUCUAUCUGGUGUCUGAUGGGUCCAUUCUUCUGCUCGGACACCAGUGUUAGGACUGCACCAAUGAUGGAGGAGGACCGGAGUCACAUGACCGAGAGGAUACUAAACCUCACCCUGGAGAUCAUCUACCUGCUGACCGGAGAGAGUUUUCCUCUUCUGAAGUCGGAUGAGAAUAUGACCAUCACAGUGCCUCCAUGUGACUCCCUAAAGCUUGAGAGAUCCAACAUGGAGAAGAUUCUAGAAGUCACCAAGAAGAUGAUGGAGCUGCUGACGGGAGAGAGUGAAGACCUCGGGUAUAAUAACAUCGUAGUUAAAGAAGAGUACAAAGAGGAGGAUGAGGAGUACGGAGUGAUGAUAGAACUUUCUGACGGACACAAGAAUGUGAUGGACCCACCUAAUAACAUCAAUACUCCAGAGAGGUGUCCAUGUCCUUCUCCUUCUCAGGAUUCCACACAGGAAGAUUACCAUGUCUCCCAUCAUCACUACAAGAUCGAUCUGAUGCAGAUGAAAGUUGAGAGUGACGAAGAAGAGACGUAUGUGAGGGAUGAUCAGCGAUAUACGGAGGAGGCCGGAAUGAUGAGGACAUCCAUAGAGGAGGACACUCCUACAGAGAUCAGCACAGGACACGCCAUGGAGGAACCCUCAAAGGAUCGUCUGACUUUAUCUCCAGGUUGUAAGAUGGAAGAUGAGGACAUCACAGCAGAUUGUGCGGGAGAAGAGACAAUGAGCUCAGCUAUGGAUGGUGGACCUCACAGUGUGGGUAGACCAUGUAAUGUCUCUGAGCAACCUCGUACUGUGAGGGAUGGUGCCGGAAUUAAGGGGGAGAAGACAUUUUCCUGCUCUGAUUGCGGGGAAAGUUUUAGUUCUGAAUUAGGUCUUACUGUGCAUGAGAGAUCUCACACUGGUGAGGAGCUUCAUUCCUGCCCCGAGUGUGGAAAAUGUUUUCUUCAUAAAUCGGCACUCGUCAUACAUUACAGAACUCACACUGGGGAGAAGCCGUAUUCUUGUCCCCACUGCCAGAAAUGUUAUCCACGGAAUUCAGACCUGGUUAGACAUCUAAGAGCUCACACAGGAGAGAGACCAUAUUCCUGCCAUGAGUGUGGGAAAUGUUAUCUACGGAAAUCAGAACUUGUUAUACAUCAGAGGUCUCACACAGGGGAGAAGCCGUAUACCUGCCAUGAGUGUGGAAAAUGUUUUUCACAACUGGGCCAUCUUUACACUCAUAAGAGAUCUCACACAGGAGAGAAGCCAUAUGCCUGCCUUGAGUGUGGGAAAUGUUUUCCAUGGAAAUCAGACCUUGUUAUACAUCAAAGAUCUCACACAGGGGAAAAGCCAUAUGCCUGCCAUGAGUGCGGGAAAAGUUUUUCACAGCCGGGCCAUCUUUAUACCCAUAAGAGGUCUCACACGGGUGAGAAGCCGUAUUCCUGUCCUGAGUGUGGUAAAUUUUUUUCACGAAAGUCCAAUCUCACUGAACAUCAGCUAAGCCACACACGGGAAAAACUGUUUUCCUGCCCUGAGUGUGGAAAAAGUUUUCAGCGGAAAUCGGAACUUAUUGCACAUCAAAGAUCUCACUCAGGGAAGAUGCCGUAUUCCUGCUGUGAGUGUGGGAAGUGUUUUUCACGAAAGUCUAGUCUUUCCAGGCAUCAGAGAACCCACGCAACUCUGGAGACAGCUUAG